CGGGCCGCCGCCGCCAUGAUGCUGCUGGGCCGCGGGCUGGAAGCCAGGGACAAUCAGACUAGACAAAUACAAGAUGCUGUUUCAAACGUGGAAAAACAUUUUGGUGAAUUGUGCCAAAUAUUUGCUGGAUAUGUACGAAAAACUGCCAGACUACGAGACAAAGCAGAUCUUCUUGUACAAGAAAUCAAUGCAUAUGCAGCCACAGAGACACCAGACUUAAAAGCUGGACUGAUAAAAUUUGCAGGUGAAUUUUCCAGACUUCAGGACUAUCGCCAGGCAGAGGUUCAUAGGCUUGAAGCCAAGGUUGUUGAACCUCUGAAAAGUUAUGGGACCAUAGUGAAACUGAAAAGGGAUGAUCUUAAAGCAACUUUAACAGCAAAGAACAGAGAAGCCAAACAGUUGUCUCAGCUGGAAAAGACACGUCAGCGGAACCCGUCAGAUCGACACAUUAUUUCACAGGCUGAAAGUGAACUGCAGAGAGCUUCACUGGAUGUAACUCGAACAACUCGGCAAUUAGAGGAAACCAUUGAUAAUUUUGAGAAACAGAAAAUAAAGGACAUAAAAAACAUAUUUUCUGAAUUUAUAAAUAUUGAAAUGUUAUUCCAUGGGCAAGCUUUAAAGAUAUAUACUGAUGCAUACCAAAUCAUCCAAAAUAUUGAUGAAGAUAAAGAUUUAGAGGUUUUCCGGAGUUCACUUUACCCACCAGACUAUCAGUCUCGCUUGGACAUCAUCCGUGCAAAAUCCAGGUCCCCCCUGCUAAGAACUGACUCCUUAAAAUCUUCACUGAGGACAGUCCAGAUUUCUAGCAGUAUGCUAAGAAAAAAUGAAGAUGAAGAGGAAGAAGAUGAAGAUGAGGAAGAGGAAGAGGAGGAAUUAGACGCUACUAAAGAAGUGAGAUAA